GCGAUUAGAAAGUUGGCAACCCUAGUGGUGGGUCUCUGGGUCAGGCCCUGCGCGGCUCCUCUCACUGAACUUCAGAGGCAGGGAGAGCCGGAGCACAGGAGCCCGAGUCGGAGGCAGGGGGAAGCCCCAGCCUGGGAAGCCCCAGCUCCCUCCUUUCUGUGCCUGCAGGUGGCACCGAGGGCGUGAUGGGAGAGAGCCCUGUGACUCAGCGGUCCAGCAAAGCAAAAGCAAAAGCAAGUCUGCAACUACAACAAUCCAGCAGAGGAGGGCCUGAUCAAGAUGGCAGAGAAGCCCAAGCGCCCGCAUCUGGGAUUGGCCCAGUACCCCCUGCUGCUCACGCUGGAGCCUGAGGGGCAUGGCCUGGGCGGGCAGGUCCUGGAGUUGGCUGGCCCAGAGGAGGUCCACGUCCACCAGAGAGACGGCAUCCUGAUCUGCGACGACUUCCUGCUGGGGCAGUGUCUGGAGGGGGAGCGCUGCCCGCGCCACCACACCCCCAACCCCUUCCACUGGCAGAUGCGGCGCAAGGCAGACGGGGUGUGGCUGAGCGUUGGCACGUUGGCCCAACAGCACCUGGAGAACCUCUACUGCAGCACCAGCCGCCACGACGUGCAGCUCGUCGACAAGGCCGGCUCAUCCUGGACCCUCAACCUGAACUCCAUGGACCUGAAGCCCAGCCAGCUCUAUGACCGCGUCCGGCGCCUGUCCAACAGCAGCGACCCCAGCCGCAACCCCUACUUCCCCAUGGAGUGGCAGGUGUACUGGGAGGAGUGCGGCGAGUGGCUCGUGUACGAGGAGCCGGUGCGGUGGGAGCUGCUGGCGGCCUUCGAGAAGGGCAUGUGGAACCACGCCUUCAACCUGCGUGGCCAACUGUACAACGUGAACCUGAAAACACUGACCCAGCACAAUGUGCAUACGGGCUUCACCCGGCGCAUCCUGCACUGCCCAGUCUUCCGCCCACCCUGGCGCCUGGCGCCCCACCUGCGGACAGGACCGGGCGCCACCCUCUCUUCCCCCGGCACCGUCCCUGGGGAGGACCCCCAGGACACCUACUGGGGCCCGUACCCUGCGUCCUGGGUCCCCGAGGCCCCAGUGGGCACCACGUACACGCUGGCAGAAGUGGCGCCAGCAGAGCGGGCCUAUGAGACCACAUGCACGCUGUUCCACAAAAGCCUGGCAGAGGACAAGGCGCUGGUGCUGGCCGUCUACCGGGUCCGGAACGACUACCUGUGGCAGAAAUACUGUGGGCAGAAAAAGUUCAUGGCCCAGAGCCGUCCCCGUGCGGCGCGGCGCUGCCUGGAAAGACACCUCUUCCACGGCACCAGGGCCAGCAAAGUGCAGCCCAUCUGCGAGAUGAACUUUGACCCCCGGGUGUCGGGGGAGAACGGCGAGGCUUACGGGCAGGGCAGCUACUUCGCGGUCGACGCCUCCUACUCCCACACUUACGCCAAGGUGGACGAGGCCAGCCUGUGCCACAUGUUCCUGGUGAAGGUGCUGGUGGGGCGCUCGGUGCGGGGCAAUCCCAUGUUCCGGCGCCCCCCACUGGCACACGACGGCCGCCUCUACGACUCCUGCACGGACCAGGCUAAGAAGCCACAGAUCUUCGUCAUCUUUGACAGCUGCCAGUGCUACCCCUACUUCCUGAUCCGCUACAAGCUGCUCUCCGAGCCCGUGGCCGUGGACUCGUGACAGGGGAGCGCGGGGGGUCAGAGAACUUCUCCCUGCUGCACGUUCCCUCCCCAUGGAGCUAUUCUGCAGGACGUAGAUUCUUCCAGCCCCAGAAUCAGAUGAACACACACACACAUUAACAGAGAACAUCUGAGAGGACUGGGUCAGUCAGCACUCCCAAGCUGACUCCUUGUAUGUCCCUGGACUCAGGAGGCUGGCUCGAGCAGCACUCCCAAGCUGGCACCCUUGGACUCAACAGGUUGGGUCAAACAGCACCUCCAAGCUGGCACCCUCGUAUGCCAUGGGCACUGCACCGGACUAGAGUACGCCUGAGCAGGCUGGGCUGAGCCGCACUUUCAAUCUGCAACCCUCAUAUGGCAGGUUUUUUGGCAGUUUUUCAGAGACAUUAUUAAGGGCACAAGAGCAAACUAUCCCACUGCGUAGGAAAGCUAGGAAGUCUGGCAAGAGACCCCCCUGGAGUAACCAAGAGAUCUUCAAUGAUCUCAAACUCAAAAAAGUGGCAACUCGGUCACAUUACAAAGGGAUGAAUAUAAACAAAUAUAUCACAAGUAUGUAGGGACAAAAUUAGAAAAGCCAAGGCACAAAAUGAGAUCAAACUAGCUAGUGACAUAAAAGGAAACAAGAAAACAUUCCACAAAUACAUUAGAAGCAAGAGGAAGACCAAGGACAGAGGAGGUCCAUCACUCAAUGAGAGGGGAAAGACAAUAACAGAAAAUGUGGAAAUGGCAGAGGUGCUUCUUUUUUUCGGUUUUCACCAAG